UAAAAAAAUAAAUACAUCUAAAUCUGAUCAUACAAGAUCACCAGCACAAACGAAUUCAUUUAAGCUAUCGUAACGACCGAUAUAAAAGAGUAGACCAAAUGCAAUUCUUGUGCCUCACCGCCCGGGGGCCCCAAUCAUCAUCCAAACUUCAACCUGCCAGGGUGUCCCCUGCCCCACAGUUUUCCUACCUCUGGCCACCCAUCGCCAUCUUCUUUCUCCCAAAUUUCGCCCAGGCAGCAGCAGCAGCCGGAGCCGGGCAGACUGCCACUGUAUAAAGCAUGUCAAUAAUAUUAACUCGCACUGCGAAGUUUCCUCCAAAUAUUUUGAUUUCUGAAGGCCGCACUCCAACUAACACAAGCUCCUUCUUAAACAUCACUUAAUCCACCGAUAAGAAAGUGCACCAACUACUAUAACAAAAGAUAAUGAUUGGAAAACCUACCACCCAUCAUUACUUCCGGAAGGCAAAACCCACGUAGGCAUUUCACUCCCUAAAUUACAAUAUGCCAGACAGACAGACAGAAAGACCGACUCAACCAGUGGUUACACUAGCUGACAACAACUCGAAAGAAAAAAGAAUCCUUGAAAUCAAAGCAAAGAAACCUUUCUUCCCCUACACUCUACAACGAUUAGAAAAAAUAAAAAAGAGACAGAAAAAAUAAAAAGGGAAUAUCUGAACCAUCAAAAACCCCAGCACAUCUCUCCCUCUCUGAAGAGGAUGUGACAGUAGAGCUCCAAGACUCUGUAAAGAAGACCGCCAAGAGCAAGGCAGAGAAAAAAAAUGCCCCCAGAAGCACCUCAGUACUCCCCCCAAGUGACUCCACUCAUCCGGCAUAGCCCUCCAACAUCCUCAUCUGAAGCAGAGCUAAGGCAGCCUGCCACCCAUCGCAACCACACACGAGGGUAUAGAAAGAUGAAAUUCAAUGCAAGGAAACUCAUACCAGCUCUCGUGUUGAUUCUAGCGUGCCUGUCUAUCAUCAGACUCCUCAGAAUCGCCAUCAAUACCUCCUCCCCAACUCUGCCACCAGCAUGUAGUACCUCUCCUUUAGCCUGCACAGUGUUUCUAGCUAACAUAACACAGAACAAGAUCUCUCCUCUGCCUGCCAGUACUGCCGCCCUAACAGCAAAAGAAUUUCAGUUCCUAUCAAACAUAGUGAAGCACAGAGCACCCUGCAACCUCCUCAUUUUUGGCCUUGAACCCGAAUACCUUAUCCUUUCAUCAAUCAAUGCAGGUGGAACCACAACCAUAUUGGAAGAUGAUUCCAUCAAGCUGAGCGCAAUAUCACCAGAUUCCAAGAGCACUCGGAUCCACAAAGUCAAAUAUCGCACGCCAGCAAAGCAUGCCUACAAGUUGCUCAAGCAUGCAAGGAAAAAUCCAGCUUGUGGGCCUUCACAUAGACCUCUUCAAUCAUUUGAAUGCCAGUUGGCCCUUACAGGCUUGCCACGUGAGGUCUAUGAGACUAAUUGGGAUUUAAUAGUGGUGGAUGGACCAAGGGGAAAUGCCCCAGAAGUACCCGGAAGGAUGGCAUCAAUCUACACAGCAGGUGUGAUAGCACGAAAUUGGAACUCCACAGAUGUGCUGGUGCAUGAUGUAGAUCGGACUAUUGAGAAAUGGUUCUCUUGGGAAUUUCUAUGUGAAGAAAACUUGACAGCUUCGAAAGGGAACUUCUGGAACUUCAGAAUCCGAGGUCAAUCAAACUCAACAAGAUUCUGCAGCCCCCGGGAAGUCGUAAUAUAUUAAAAUAUCUAGACAGGAUUGAUUGUACAUAUAUAUGAUACUAUGUAUGUUCCAUAAUGAAGAAUCUUUCAUUGAAAA